CAACCCCACACAUCAAACAAAUAACUACAACAAGAAGUACUCCAUUCUGGAAGCAUUCUUUGGACCUGUGGUAGACGCACGCUACGCCCCCGGCCUCCAUCAAAAAGCUUGAUUGUCUGUCCUUUGAUCCCCUUGACCCAUUCCGAUCCGGCCACACCACCUGCUUCUGGCAAAACGAACAAAGGGAUACCCCCAAAGUACCAAAUACAGUUCACCUUUCCCCCUCGUUACCACUCCGCACACAAUGGCCUCUUCUUUCCGCCAGUUACUCGGUGUCCCGCCAUCAACCGCCUCAACCACCGAUUCUGCCCUCGUGAUCAUCGAUGCGCAAAACGAGUACUCAACGGGCAAGCUCGCCGUCACCAACGCUGAAACCAGCGGCAAGGUGAUUGCUGACCUUCUGGAGAAGUACCGCAAAUCGGGUGGCAAGGUCGUGCACGUGCUUCACAAGACCCCCGAGGGAGCACCCAUCUUCACCCCCAAUACCCCACUCUCGGAGCCGUUCAAGGCCCUGACCCCGAAGGACGGAGAGGAGGUCAUUUGGAAGUUGCACCCUGGUUCGUUCGCGGACACCAAUCUCGAUGAGACGCUCAAGGGCUGGGGUAUCAAGAAGGUCGUCUUGGUCGGCUACAUGGCCCACGUUUGUGUCAGCACGACGGCCAGACAGGCUGCACAGAGAGGAUACGACGUAAUCAUUGUAGAGGAUGGCAUUGGUGACCGUGAUAUCCCGGGUGUUGGUGGGGACGAGUUGACCAAGGUCGUGCUUGCGGAACUCGGAGAUACGUUUGGUACGGUUGUCAAGGGCGCAGAGAUCAAUUAGAAAAACUUGGAAUAUUUGAGAGUUAUGAUAUUUAGAGAUUUGAAGGCAAAGUCAAGGGUAAAGAAUGAAUGAUAUUGAUGUUACAACCAUUGUGUGGUUAUCAAAUAGGCUUUAGCUAGACAAUGAA